UGGGUAAAUAAUGAAUCUGGAGAAAACAUAACUUCAUUUCCACUUACAGUAAAUCAACAAAAUGAUGCACAGAAAAAACUUGUUGAAUUCAUAAUUAAUAGUGUCCAACCAUUCUCAUUAGUUAAAAACGAAGCAUUCAAAAG